AGGGGGUGGCGCGCGCGCCAUUUCUAGUCGUUUUCAAAGCGCCUCGCGCUGAUUUUCACGGGCCCAGCCGUCGGCCCCUGCUCUGCCCUGCAGCAUAAUAAAAUGGCUAAUCAGGUGAAUGGUAAUGCGGUACAGUUAAAAGAAGAGGAAGAACCAAUGGAUACUUCCAGUGUAACUCACACAGAACACUACAAGACACUGAUAGAGGCAGGCCUCCCACAGAAGGUGGCAGAAAGACUUGAUGAAAUAUUUCAGACAGGAUUGGUAGCUUAUGUCGAUCUUGAUGAAAGAGCAAUUGAUGCUCUCAGGGAAUUUAAUGAAGAAGGAGCUCUCUCUGUACUACAACAGUUCAAGGAAAGUGACUUAUCACAUGUUCAGAACAAAAGUGCAUUUUUAUGUGGAGUUAUGAAGACCUACAGGCAAAGGGAGAAACAGGGGAGCAAGGUGCAAGAAUCUACAAAGGGACCUGAUGAAGCAAAGAUCAAGGCCUUUCAUAUAAACGAAACAAACUUGAGGGCAAAGACAUUAUUUUCUACAAUUCCUCCUAAGACCGAAUAUAAUGUUGUGAGGAAGGCCCUGCUUGAGAGGACUGGUUAUACUCUGGAUGUAACCACAGGACAGAGGAAGUAUGGUGGUCCUCCACCAGAUAGCGUGUACUCGGGCAUGCAACCUGGAAUUGGGACAGAAUCAUCUUGCGGGGGCAGCAGAGAUAAUGUUCUUCCAGGAGAAAUGACGAAAAAUCAGAGGAGCCGGUUGACAACGGUCUUUGUAGGUAAAAUACCAAGAGAUUUAUAUGAGGAUGAGCUGGUGCCCCUUUUUGAAAAGGCUGGUCCCAUUUGGGAUCUACGUCUUAUGAUGGAUCCACUAUCUGGUCAGAACAGAGGGUAUGCAUUUAUCACCUUCUGUGGAAAGGAAGCUGCACAGGAAGCUGUUAAACUGUGUGACAGCUAUGAAAUUCGCCCUGGUAAACACCUGGGAGUGUGCAUUUCUGUGGCAAACAACAGGCUUUUUGUUGGAUCAAUUCCGAAGAAUAAGACUAAAGAAAACAUUCUGGAAGAAUUCAGUAAAGUCACAGGUUUAACAGAGGGUUUGGUGGACGUUAUUCUCUAUCAUCAACCCGAUGACAAAAAGAAGAAUCGGGGGUUCUGCUUCCUUGAAUACGAGGAUCACAAGUCAGCAGCACAAGCCAGACGCCGGCUGAUGAGUGGAAAAGUAAAAGUGUGGGGAAAUGUAGUUACAGUUGAAUGGGCUGACCCUGUGGAAGAACCAGAUCCAGAAGUCAUGGCCAAGGUGAAAGUUUUAUUUGUGAGAAACUUGGCUACUACAGUGACAGAAGAAAUACUGGAAAAGUCAUUUUCUGAAUUUGGAAAACUUGAAAGAGUGAAAAAGUUGAAAGAUUAUGCAUUUGUUCAUUUUGAAGACAGAGGAGCAGCUGUUAAGGCUAUGGAUGAAAUGAAUGGCAAAGAAAUAGAAGGGGAAGAAAUUGAAAUAGUCUUAGCCAAGCCACCAGACAAGAAAAGGAAAGAGCGCCAAGCUGCUAGACAGGCCUCCAGAAGCACUGCGUAUGAAGAUUAUUACUAUCACCCUCCUCCUCGCAUGCCACCUCCAAUUAGAGGCCGGGGUCGUGGUGGGGGGAGAGGUGGAUAUGGCUACCCUCCAGAUUACUAUGGCUAUGAAGAUUACUAUGAUGAUUACUAUGGUUAUGAUUAUCACGACUAUCGUGGAGGCUAUGAAGAUCCCUACUACGGCUAUGAUGAUGGCUAUGCAGUAAGAGGAAGAGGAGGAGGAAGGGGAGGGCGAGGUGCUCCACCCCCACCAAGGGGGCGGGGAGCACCACCUCCAAGAGGUAGAGCUGGCUAUUCACAAAGGGGGGCACCUUUGGGACCACCAAGAGGCUCUAGGGGUGGCAGAGGGGGUCCUGCACAACAGCAGAGAGGCCGUGGUUCCCGUGGAGCUCGGGGCAAUCGUGGGGGCAAUGUAGGAGGCAAGAGAAAGGCAGAUGGGUACAACCAACCUGAUUCCAAGCGUCGUCAGACCAACAACCAACAGAACUGGGGUUCCCAACCCAUCGCUCAGCAGCCGCUUCAACAAGGUGGUGACUAUUCUGGUAACUAUGGUUACAAUAAUGACAACCAGGAAUUUUAUCAGGAUACUUAUGGGCAACAGUGGAAAUAGACAAGUGAGGGCUUGAAAAUGAUAUUGGCAAGAUACGAUUGGCUGUAGAUCUACAUUCUUCAAAAAAAUUGGCUUAACUGUUUCAUCUUUAAGUAGCAGUUUGCUGCCAUUUGUAUUGGGCUGAAGAAAUCACUAUCGUGUAUAUACUCAAGUCUUUUUAUUUUUUCCUCUUUUCAUAAAUGCUCUUGGACAUUAUUGGGCUUGCAGAGUUCCCCUAUUCUGGGGGUCACAAUGCUUUUAUCGUUUCAGGCUUCAUUUUAGCUUCAAAACAACCUGAGCACACUGUUAAAUCAUGAUUUUGCAGAACCUUUGGUUUUGGACAGUUUCAUUUUUUGGAUUUGAGAUAGAUUACAUAGGAGUAUGGAGUAUGCUGUAAAUAAAAAUACAAGCUAGUGCUUUGUCUUAGUAGUUUUAAGAAAUUAAAGCAAGCAAAUUUAAGUUUUCUUGUAUUGAAAAUAACCUAUGAUUGUAUGUUUUGCAUUCCUAGAAGUAGGUUAACUGUGUUUUUAAAUUGUUAUAACUUCACACCUUUUUGAAAUCUGCCCUACAAAAUUUGUUUGGCUCAAACGUCAAAGCCGUGACAAUUUGUUCUUUGAUGUGAUUGUAUUUCCAAUUUCUUGUUCAUGUAAGAUUUCAAUAAAACUCAAAAAUCUAUUCAAAACAUUACCUAUUUCAAAUUCAAUUGUGUCAUAAAACAUUAUUUUAUUCGUAAUCCUUGCAAGGAAUAUUGUUUUCAAACUAUAAACUGCCUAUGUGAGUGAUCAAAUUCAUGCAAAAUUUCUUGUCUAUUCCAAUAUGUAUCGUGGCUAUCAGACUGAGGAUUAGUCUAAAUUUUAGUAUUUAUUCCAAAUAGCACUUCAUUGAUUGGUGUUCUCUCAUAGUCUCUUCUAAUUUUGAAAUUUUAUCCUUUACUUUUAUAAAACAGGUUCAAAGGCUUUUGAACAUACUUGCAGGCAUUGGAUAAUUUGUGUUGAAUAAAAUGGGGUUAGAGAAGCAGACUGCAAUUUAUUUUGACCCACAUUCUUUCUAUAAAGGAUAAUUUGUUGUCUGAAAACUUUAUUUGCUGGAUAAGUGAAUGCAUAUGACAAGAAAAAAUGUUAGUACUGUGGCGUCAAUUGCACUGCGGACUAAACUCAGUAUUAGUGUACAUGAUGGGGACUACCACUUUGUUAUUGGUUUAGGAAUAUAAUUUUCUAUUGUUAUGUAAAUUUGCUUUGAGAAACACAUGCCUUAUAAGAGAGGCUUAAAAAUACCUAGUAGACAUACUUCUGACUUUCUGUUAAUACUGCUUAUUUUUAUUUUUUUACUAUCCCUAAAGUUUACUACCCCAAGGCAUAACAUCUAUUUCCCUCUUUCCUUUAGAAAUUCUCAUUUAUUAUGACGACAUUUUUGUUUGAGAAUAAGAGGAACAAAAGAAUCCAAACUUUACAGUGCAGAAAAGUCUGGAUCACUUUCAAAUUACCAUAAAAUUUUCCCUUUCGUUUUGUUCUUAGGUGGGUCUAAAAUGUUUUUAAAUUAUAAAAAUAGCCAUUGGGGAAUAAUUAAAAUGGACACAUCUUUAUUUUGUGUUUUGUUCCUGUUUGGUGUCAGCAAUAUUAGAUUUCAAAAUCAUAAGUUGCUUAAUUUUUUGUGAGUUUGGCUAGAUCAUAUUUUGGGUUUCAUAGCAUCUCUUGAUUUCGAGUAAGAAAAUAUUUGCUGAUGAAAGUAUAUCUUAUUUCUCUUUAAAAGUGCACUUAACUACAUAUACAGUAAGUUAACAGGCAUUAAUAUUCCUAUUAUGUUUUUGUAAACUGAUAAAGAAAUUAUAUAAUCUGUUUUAGAGUAGCUUCAAGUCAACAUGGGUAUCUCUAUUUGGUAAAGCUUAGAUCAGUUUGUUUUUAUGCCCAUGUGUACAAGUGAAGACACCAAACAUGCCUUAAAUGCUGCUUUUAAACUUAGAAAAUACAAUUUGAAGCUAUAAAUCUAAAUUAGACUUAAAUAAAACCCUGAUUUUUAUUUUUUGUUAAAGAAGAAGGGUCUACAAAUAAAAUUUGAGUUGUUUGUAUUUCUUUAAAGUUUUAUGGUACCAGCUACAAAGUUGUCAAGAAAAUUAGGACUGGGAAUAGAAAUGAUUCUGAAAAAGUAAUUUAUUGUGCUCCCCGCCCCUAUCCUAAAAUAUAAACCUUAGCAAAAACAUAAGAACAAAACUUGGGUUUCAUGUCAAAGUCCUUUUAAUUGUGAAUUAUAUUUUACUCUCACGAACUAAAAAUAUAUCAAUAGAAAUGUUCCUCUAAUAUUGCUUUAUAGGGUUUUUUUGUGGCUAUUUUAUAUAACAGAAGAAAACUUUAUAAACAUUAAAUCUCACUUUAGAGCUUUUCCCUUGUUGAUGUCUUGUAAACUAUUGCUGUAGCAGCAUUCAGAGAAAAUAGAUCCAGACCUCAACUUUUCACAGAAAUAAAUCUAACAAUCUAAUAUAUAAACCUGAAAAAUGUCAGUUGAGGGAGGUCUUUAGAUUUGCAUUAGGUAUUUUUUAAAUAGGCACAAAAUAUGACUUCUGAAAAAUUUGAUUUUCUGCACUCCUGCCAUCUUUUUUUGUUCCCCAACCUAAUUCAUUUGGUUUUAUUUAUGAGCCUGCUACAGUAAUGUGUAUGUUGGGAAAUAAUAUAUACUUUAUAUUGAGGUAGAACUCUUCUUUUUAGGUACCCACCUGAGAUUGACAUAAAUAUACCCCUUCCCCAUAAUGGAAUGCUAAUUUUUAUUUGAUCACUCAUUUAUAGCAGUUGCUUAAAUGUAUGUAUUUAUAUGAUGGUGUUUUAAUUUUUUAAAAGCAAAAAAGUUCUAAUAAGUUGCCAGAUUUCUAGUAAAUUCAAGUUUACUUGAUCAAUUGAUAUGGAAAUUGAAUUACUGUGGUUCUGUAGGUUUUUUUAGACAAAAGAGUUCAGCAUAAUUAUUUUUUAGUUUUUAGUUACUAGGGUUAUUCUGCAUAAGAAAGCCCAAUGCUUUCUGUUAGUAGAUAAUUUUUCUCUCAUUUGACUUUGAAAUCUGACUUAGGGGCUAACUCUCUUUAAAAAAGGUCAGCAUGCAUCAAAAUAAAUUAUAUACGUAUUUUAAAUUCCAAAAGAGAAGGGACAUAAAAUUCCAUUCCUAGUAUAAAGCCAUAUAAUAUUCUUGAAACUCAUUACAUCAUUUGCCUCCUGCUCAUUUGGAUAAUCAUACCUACGUUUUAUUAAUUGUGUAUUAUUUGUAAAACCAAACCCUUCCAGUAAAUACUUGCUAUAAGGCUAUUAUUUGUCAAUUAAAAAGACUUCUAAUUAUGCUAAAAUUUGUUCUGAUUUUCCAAAGAGAAUUUUAUUAAACUGAGCUGUCCAGUAUUCUUAAAGAAAACCAACUGAAGUAUGUGGAAGAAAUGUUGAUGUUCUUUAUUAUGUAGAGUCUUUUACUUGAGCAGUUACGAAAAAGCCUUAUAGAAAGAGUGCACUGGACUUAUAAGUGUGUUUAUGUUUCUCUAAGAAUGAGAGCUUCUGUUAACUUAGUUCUGAGUAAGCUGGUGGUUGGGUGACAAGACUAGAAAAUCCAGAAUGACAAAUCCAUUAAUCAGGCAUGUUUACUUUUGCAUUAGAAGUUGGUUGAUUAGUUCUUAUUUUUGAAAUGCAAACACCAAGCUUUAAAAAUACUGCAUAUUUUAUGUAUUGGUCAGUAAUUUAAAUAUAAAUAUUUAAUUUGAAGUAGUUAACUGUUACUCUUUCUAGAAACGUUUUUUUUUCUUUUAAGAUAUAUAUAUAUAAAUAUAUAUAUACAUAUAUUUUUUUUAUUUAGAGGUUACCAGAAGCUCUGGGUUUUUUGUUUUGUUUUUUAAUCAUUUUCAGAUGUUAUCCAGAAAUCUGCAAGUGUACUUUUCCUGUUUUAACUCCUUCCUUUUAUCACCUGACUAUCAGGGAAGCGAGGUUGAGGCUGCCCUGACCUGACAUGUCAUGAUGUCGACUUGCUAGGUGGGGUUCGCUGGGGACGAUAACCAGUGGAAUUGUUGGUAAGAACUUUAUUUUUUCCUAUUUUUUUUUUAAAUCAGUAGUGGGGCAUUAAGUAUGGGAGAAUGCCCAUAUCCUAUAAGUGGGCAUUUAUGUCAGCCUUGCAGAAAGAUAAGAUUUUAAUUUAAAUAAUUCUGUUCUUAACAGGAACAUAUAAUAAGUACUUCAUACUCUUUAUGCUCAAAUUGGUAGAUUAGCAGGAACGGCCUGCAAGUAUGAAGUAAUGAAAUACUCAGGGUAUAUUUUAAGUGAUGAAGAUAGACACUUUAUUAGAUAGACUAAAUAGUCUUUUGGAGAGAAAAUAAAUUUGCUUUAUUUUACUGUGAUUUCAAUCCCUUUAAUAUCUUCAUUAUAUUUAUUUACAUCAUUAUAUUUACAUUUUUACUGGGUAUGUUAGCAUACAAUGCAUCUUAAGAGAUGUUUACUAAUACACUAGUAUUAGUAAAAAUAGGAAGGUGUUGAUAGAAUGGAGGGUUUAAACACUAGAAGAAAUUAUUUUUUAAAAUCCUCCAAAAGAAAUCUUAACGUUGUAAAAUGAAACUUAAAAGUAUUAGCAAUUUGAAAAACAAUAGUUGACUAAAGAACAUUUGAUAUGACUUUGGGUCCAUAGGAAAAUACAUAGCUGAAAUAUUAGGACCUUGAACAUAGCAGAAACACAAAUUAAUUAACAACUUGUGUUUCGUCUGAAACCCAGGACAGCUGAUAGGAUUAGUAGGUAUUGGUAGAAUUAAGUCAAUUUUUAGAUGAUUGCUAAAGAUUAGAAUCUUUUAUACUCGGUAGGGGAUUCCUUGAUGGUAAAGUAUAAAUUGAGGAAAUCAAUAACUAGGUAUUUCUGAUUAUACCACAUGAAAAUAUAACAGAAGCACUAAAAAUUAAAAGUAAUUAUGGAUUGGAGAACCACCUCAGUAUUCUUAUGCCUCCUUGUUGGUUGAGUGUAUCAGUCUAGGAAGACUCACCUAGGUGUUAAACGUGUGCUAGUUGAUGUCAUGAAUAUAAACCCUGAUCUGUAAGCUUGCUGUAGAUGAGCUACACAUCACUGCAGUGAGAUUAUACUUUUAAGAAUUUCAGUGAUUGCAUCAUUGUGUUAAGGUGCUUGUUUCUCUUCAGACACUUUUUGUGCAUGUAUCAGUGAUAGAAAAGAUCAGGAUAUAGAACUUUAAAUAUUGCACUUAAUAAUGUGCUCCUUGGGAAGUUUUACAGUAA